AUGGAGCUGGGUCCCCACCCUGCUGGCACCAGGUCAAGUCAGCGGCCGGUGGCUGCAAGCUUCCAAGAGAAGCCUUUGGCCUUGGACUUUAACUCUGAGCUGGCCACCUGGUCCACGGCCCCAGCAGAUGCCCGUGUGUCUGGCUGCCCAGCAGGGGCCCCGAGAGAAUGUGCUACACGGCGGGCUCCCGCAUACCGUGUCACCGCGGCCCUGAAACGCUUCCCGCGGCCCCGGCCGCUGCCCCGCAGCCUUCCUGGCUCUGGCUACACGUGGUGGCAGAUGGCAGGGCCGUGGGUGGUGGGCAGGGAGGCGACGUCUGGGAAAGGUGGCUGCCACUUCUCGGGCCUGGGUGUCCUGCGGGGAGCUGUCACCUCCCUGCACUUCGGGGCCACUGAUGGGAACGGCGCAUCCAAGGAGGGUGUACACAUAGAGAACUGGCGCGGCCUGCACACGCUCAACGCCGUGGACAUGGAGCUCUACACGGGCCUGCAAAAGCUGACCAUCAAGAACUCAGGACUCCGGAGCAUCCAGCCCAGAGCCUUUGCCAAGAACCCCCACCUGCGCUACAUAAACCUGUCGAGUAACCGGCUCACCACACUCUCAUGGCAGCUUUUCCAGACGCUGAGUCUUCGGGAAUUGAGGUUGGAGCAGAACUUCUUCAACUGCAGCUGUGACAUCCGCUGGAUGCAGCUGUGGCAGGAGCAGGGGGAGGCCAAGCUGAACAGCCAGCACCUCUACUGCAUCAGCGCCGAGGGCUCCCAGCUGCCCCUGUUCCGCAUGAACAUCAGCCAGUGUGACAUCCCGGAGAUCAGUGUGAGCCACGUGAACCUGACCGUGCGGGAGGGCGACAACGCUGUCAUCACGUGCAAUGGCUCUGGCUCGCCCCUGCCCGAUGUGGAUUGGAUGGUCACCGGGCUGCAGUCCAUCAACACCCACCAGACAAACCUGAACUGGACCAACGUGCACGCCAUCAACCUGACGCUGGUCAACGUGACGAGCGAGGACAACGGCUUCUCCCUGACGUGCAUCGCAGAGAACGUGGUGGGCAUGAGCAACGCCAGCGUCGCCCUCACCGUCCACUACCCUCCGCGUGUGGUGAGCCUGGAGGAGCCCGAACUGCGCCUGGAGCACUGCAUCGAGUUCAUGGUGCGCGGCAACCCGCCGCCAACCCUGCACUGGCUGCACAACGGGCAGCCCCUGCGCGAGUCCAAGAUCAUCCGCGUGGAGUUCUACCAGGAGGGCGAGGUGUCCGAGGGCUGCCUGCUCUUCAACAAGCCCACCCACUACAACAACGGCAACUACACCCUCAUCGCCAAACCGCUGGGCACCGCCAACCAGACCAUCAACGGCCACUUCCUCAAGGAGCCCUUCCCAGAGAGCACGGAUAACUUUGUCUCCA